CCGAUGGAAGACGCGGAACCACUGGCAACGUAGCUAUCUAAAAUGUUUUCGUGGGAAGCGUGAGCAGUCGUAGCCUACUAUUUUUCUUAAAAAAUUAAGAAAAGAAAAGCUUAGUAAUAAUACUUUAUUUUUUAUUUUGCCAACAUAAGGACUGCUGGCUGUGUACAGUAUAGAUAUCAAAAUAAAAUCUGUCCUACAUGACGGAACAUGUAGUGCAGAUGGGCCAAGUAACAGUUAGCAUACUGUUGAAGUGGGCAUUUGUUUGCGUAUUAUUUAUUGGAGUCAUCUAAGCUACAUGGCAUUAACGUCACAAUGGUGUAUAUUCAUACUUAAGUGAAACAUUACAGAGCUACUUCACAUUUCUUCUGAACAGGCAGGUGAAUAGUAACUUGAAGACUAUUGUAAGCUUUCUCAGAAGAUUUCCUCAGGCUCUUUAGACAAUAUUGUGCUUUUUUGGCAGGUGAAUAGUAACUUGAAGACUUGUAUUACAAGCUUUCUCAGAAGACUUUCUCAGGCUCUUCAGACAAUUUUGUGCUUUUUGCCAAUCAUUGUGUGCCGAAACCAAACUCUUCCAGUCGGGUCAGGACUGGUUAGAGAAAUGGACAACGCAGAAAUGGAAGUUGACCAUGAUGGAACAACUAUCCAAGAGGUGGAAACGGAUUGGAAAAAUCAGGAUGGUCUUUCACUACAUUCCCUUGAUGAGGCAGAUUAUCUGGUCAGUAAUUUAUGCAUAGCGACAGGUGAAAGGGAUGACACAGAAUUGGUAAGAUCCUUUUUUUUACAUAAACCUAAAUGGUUAAUCAUCAAACAUGGUCAAAUACCUCUGAGUGACUGUGUCUCUAAUGUAGGAAAUGGAACGUGGUGGGAACACUAUCCGUCAGUCCGUAGAUUACGAUGACCUCUCUCUACGUUCAGUCAGCGAGACAGAUUUUCUGUCUGAUGAGGACUGUGACCGCCAGCAGAAUCCACUUCCGGAUAAACGCCUGAAUCAUGUUAUGGAUUACGAAGUCCAGGGCCUUCUUCCUUCUUCUGUGAGAGCCGUGACCGAGCCUUGCGUCUCUAAUGACGUGCACCCCCCCAUGCUACAAGAUCAGAAGAGGCGUGACAGGCAGUCCCGUGACAUGAAAGUCAUGAAAAGUUUCCAAAAAUCCCUGGUUGCCCUGGAACAGGACCUUAUGAAAGCCAAGGAGGAGCUCCUGGACACCAACGAGUACUUCGAAGAGAUGUCUCGUGUGAAGAGCCAGGGAAAAGGCCUGAUGGGUGCGUCUCUGAGAAGACUUGUUUAUAAAGUCAGAGGGAGAAGGCUCCAGAAGAUUCAGGCGCAGAAGUACAUGCGGGUCAGCAAAGAUUUCGAUGCGCUGAUCCAAGUGGUGAUGGAGGACUGCAAAGAUGAUAUCAAUCUGACGGGCCUAGAGAACUGGCAGAGAGAGGUUAAGAGGCUGCGCAUGGCCUGCAGGGCCUGUACUGAGAGGAUCCCACCACCCGAGGUGUGUCGUUCCCCACCACAGGUCCAACCCUCUCAGGAAGAGGAGUCCUCCAUCCAGCGUGUUGAUCUAUCUGAGACAGAGAUCACUCAUGUGGUCCCCCGCAUUGAGGAUGCCAUUGAAUCCCCCCCUCUGACUCCUCCUACUCCCGAGGCCCUCCUCCCCAACCUGCAGCUUUCCCGGGCUUUGACUCCCCUCUACCGUGUCACCGUUGGAGUUGUGACUCCUACGUGGCCUGAGACUCCGCCUGCUGUGGGGUAUUUACCCCCCCCUCUUCUGGCACCAAUUGACCACUUGAGCACGGAUGUAAAGAAGCUGCUCCAAGGAGGACUGGACGGGCUCCAACAGGAUGCGAUGGAGGAGAAGAAGACUGGCAAAGGGGAGAAGAAGAAGGCCGGCAAAGGGAAGAAGACGGCCAAAACCCAGCGGCAUGUCAAACCACUGCUUGUGUUGGAAGCCACUAAUAAACAGCCAGAGGAAUACUCUGAAACCAAUGUGAAGGAGGAGAAAAAGAAAAAGAAGAAUGUGGGAAAGAGGUUUCUCCAGUGGCUGUCACGCAAACUCAUGUGCGGCUGUUGUUCAGAUGUUUAACAAACAUCUCUCUCUCACACACACACACAUUCACUCUCUCUUUCUCUCUCUCUCUCUU